AUGUUGGCCACGAAACCGCCAUUCCCUGGCUCGUCCAUCAGCACAGCUGGUCUGGCUGGCAACACGAUCCAGUCCGGCCUGCCCACCGCCCGCCGCGUCCCCAACAUUGCGAACCCACCCCAGGCCUUUGCCAGCCCGACCGAGUCCGAGUUCUCCGACACUGACGGCCCUGAUUCGGUCAAGAACUGGGACGAAGACCAUGUCUGCGACUACCUCGCCAGUGUCAAGUGCGGCGAGUACGAAAAGAUCUUCCGCAGAAACAACAUCAAUGGUCAGAACCUCUUGGAGAUGGACAAGGAGGUCCUCAAGGAAAUGGGCAUCGACAAGGUCGGCGACCGCGUCCGCCUCUUUCUAUGUAUUAAGAAGCUGCGCACAAGGGCCUACGCCAACCAAAAGAAGCGGAAUCGGGAUUCAUUUGCCGCCCUCGAACCCAUAUCCAUAUCUGCUCCCAGCGUCUCACCCCGACCCCUCAACCUCCGCAGCAGCGGUAGCAAUAGCACAAACCCCGCUCCCGUGAACCGACGAUACUCGAGACAAGUCGAUGUACCACCACCUCUCGAAAUCGAUCGCUCUAAUAGGCCCUCCUCGCCACCCAUCUCGGGUGAGAUGCGCUCUGCCAGACAACAAAGAUUCCCCGCAGGCUACGUGAGCAAUGCGGCACCCAACACCUCUGCUAGAAUACCGGCUUCUGCCGACGGCGAGGCGCCCACCCGGGUGCAAACAGCUCAUACAAGAAACAACUCUAGCAUGGAUGGCUCUCUCAUGGCUGCCCUGCCACAAGGCCAAGACGUCAUCCGUGUCAUAUCCACCGGUGGUGUCACCAAAGUCGUCAAGAUCGCCGACUGUAAUACUUGCGAGGAUGUAAUGCGUGUUACACUCCGAAAGUUUUCACUCCGAGAGGACCACGAGAGAAAUUACUGUUUCUGGGUUCUCACCGGCCUCGACCCGGACCCCCGCGAAUGCCGACGGCUCGGCGAUACUGAGCUCUGGCGUAUCAUCAAGGACCAGCGCCGGCCCGAGCGCAACCGUUUAAUUCUGCGCCGCGUCCCUGCUGGCGAACCUGGAGAGGCUGAGCUGCAGCGGGCUGCGGCCAUCGCCCUAGAAGAAGAGCAGCAGAAGCAUACACGUGCUCUAGAGUCUGUCGACAAGCGCAGCCAAGUCAAGGUGCAAAAGCUCCUCGGUGAGAACUGGAAUGAAGAGUUGCAACAGCCGCUGUCACCGCUGCUGUUCCGCGACCGCGAUGAAUACUACAAGGCCGCCAUGCGAGAGCUGGAGAGGCCGUCGCCGACCUCGGAGGCGCGACCGCAGAGUAAGAGCAGCGUUGGCCUGCGUCAGUUUGGCGGUCUGCGACCUCCCAGUGAACUGAUUGCCUCUGAUCUCACAUCAUACUUCCCUGAUCACCCUCGCGAAGAGAUCGACCGCACUGCUCGUCUUUCUAUGCGCCGAUCUACACGGCUGAGCAGAAUCAACAGCCGUCUUAGUGUCGCAAGUAGCCUCAGCUUCGCUUCCAGCGUCCAGGAUGCGCCGCCUAUGCCGACGAUUGCGGAUUCUUGGCUGAGUGGAAACUCACACAUUGCCAAGGUCCGUAGCAGAGAUGCUCGCAGCAUGUACCAACGCGACUCCAUUUCAUCGUCCAUGCUGGAUACCCUCCAAGAAGAGACGCCUUCAGAGCCUGACCGCAAGUCGUACGUCUCCUUCACCGAGAGCAACUCAGAUACCGCUGCCGGCAGUCUGACGAUGGCUGGUGCCCUGAGCUACUAUGAUGGCGAAGGCUCCACCGGUUCAGCGCCACUGCACGAUAUCAAGCAGGCCCUCACUAAUGACGGCGAGGAUGAGGACGAGGAGCUGCAGAGUUUCUUGGAUGGAGAUUCCUGGGACGAUAAUAAGUGGAUGAAGGGCGCGCUAAUUGGGCAAGGCUCAUUUGGCUCCGUGUACCUUGCACUGCACGCCGUCACUGGUGAGCUUCUUGCUGUGAAGCAAGUAGAGACUCCUUCCGGAACGCUGAGCGCGAGCGACACGCGAAAGAAGGGCAUGAUUGACGCGCUGAAGCGAGAAAUCGGACUGCUGCGCGAGCUCAGACACCCAAACAUUGUGCAGUAUCUGGGCUGCAGCUCGUCAGACAGCAACCUGAACAUUUUCCUCGAGUACGUUGCUGGCGGCUCUGUGCAGACGAUGCUCAACUCGUAUGGCGCGCUGGGUGAGCCCCUGGUGCGCAGCUUUGUGCGACAGAUCUUGACGGGUCUGUCGUACCUUCACGCGCGCGACAUCAUUCACCGCGACAUCAAGGGGGCCAACAUCCUGGUGGACAACAAAGGCACCAUCAAGAUUUCUGACUUUGGCAUCUCGAAGAAGCUCGAGGCGUCGAACCUGUUGGGCGGCGCCAAGAACGCCAAGCACAGGCCUUCAUUGCAGGGCUCGGUCUUUUGGAUGGCGCCCGAGGUAGUGAAGCAGACGUCGUACACGCGCAAGGCAGACAUUUGGUCACUGGGGUGUCUGGUGGUGGAGAUGAUGACGGGGACGCACCCAUUCCCGGACUGCAGUCAGCUGCAGGCCAUCUUCAAGAUUGGCGGGGGCAAGGCGUCGCCGACGAUCCCGGAGAAUGCCAGCGCAGAGGCGAAGAAGUUUCUCCAGCAGACAUUUGAGCUAGACCACGACCAGCGGCCGAGUGCGGACGAGUUGAUGCUGAGCCCGUUUCUCAGCCCUAUUACGUGA